GCUCUCACAGGUGUCUGAAUGGUGGACUGUGUAUGAGUCCAGGGGUGUGCAUCUGCCCACCUGGUUACUAUGGAGACGGCUGUGACAAAGCUAACUGCAGCAUCACGUGUUUAAACGGAGGGACGUGCUUCCACCCAGGGAAGUGUAUCUGUCCUGCAGGCUACGAGGGACCACGCUGUGGGAUCAGUAAAUGUCUCCAGCCCUGCAGAAACGGAGGGAAAUGCACUGGGAAAAACAAAUGCAAAUGUGACAAGGGUUUCCACGGUGACCUGUGUUCCAAGGCUGUCUGUGAGCCCAGCUGUGGAGCCCACGGGACCUGUGUGGAACCUAACAAGUGCCUGUGUAAGGAGGGCUGGCACGGACGCCACUGUAACAAGAGAUACAGAGGAGGUGCCCCUAACACCCAUCGUCUCUCAUCAGGCCCUAAACACAAGCCUCAGCAGCACUCCUCCUCUGCCAAGGAGGUGAAAGACGUCCCCGAUGCCGACAUCCCAGCAGAGACCAAUUACGUGGUAUAAGAGCUGGGUCCAGACAACGACACCUGGGUUCAAGCACUAUUCAACAUCUUUCAGAUACUUUCAGCGUCUG